AAUUUCGAUGAACAUGGCUUAGAGUGGUACGAGUUUAAUGCUUUACGUAUGAUCUCGAAUGUUUCAAUUACGAAAUAACAAGCUCUGCUGGGAAUAGGAUAACAAUGAACUUGAUCAAUUAUUCGAAUUCAAUUUCAUGGAUCAACUUUUCGUGGGUUAAACAACUUUGCGUAAGUGUCGAUCGAGUAUCUGCGCUGACCCCGGUCGAGCCGAACACCUCGCACGACAUCUAUGGGCUGCUCCAUUAGGACCCUCAACAGUUUGGAAUUUUUUUUUUUUUUUCUGUUCCCCGUUCCAUUCACGGGUAACCCACUCGUUCGCACAUCAGAACGACGCGAUGAUUUUAUUAACUUGUUCUUAAUAGGUCCACGAUGCGAAUACUCGUAGUUGAUCACGUAAUUGACUGCACUUGUACGACAUCUACGGUAUGUCCUGUUCGGAACAGCAGCUCCUUCUAUCCAUCGUUCCUUGCCUCGUGUUGUUCACGUCGAUACUAGUGAUUGUCACUCUUCGUUCUCACUCUUAUCAAGACAUCUCGCUUUAUAUCUCCUCGUUAUUUUCUAUGUAAUAUAAACAUUAAUAAUACUUGAUUUUUCAUUUGGAUGAAAUUGUUUUGACAGUUUUUAAAGGCAUUCUUCGAGCCGUCAUGUCUGUGUUGUCCAUUCGUGGAUUCUUUCUUUUUCGUUCAGAGAUAUCGUCGAUUAAACAAUAUUUGUUAAUGGUUCUUCUUUGUUUAAAUUAAAACAAGUUUAAACAAAAGUAGAAUCUGUUCGUAACGACGCCCUAACAUCGGUGUGCAAGUUCUCGAGACGCGAUGACAAGGCGCGGGUAUUAAUAGAGUCGACGUUGGUACGGGGCACGCGGUUUAAAACGACUCUUUGCUCUCUUGAUCUCUUCUGUGUUUUAGACCGUUCUAACCAGCCACCAGAGAUCUUGCGCAUUCUUGGAUAUCUUAGUCACGCAAAUAAGCGACCUCGAUACGUCAUUUAAAAAAAAAUACUCUUUAAUUGUAUGCAAAAUAGGGUACAUCUUACCAAUUUCAAUGAUCUUGACAUAUGUUGUAAAGGUCAAUCUCCUGAGGAAUUUUAUAUAUACAUAUGAGCGUCGCUCACCUUUAGUUUUAAAGAUGCACGCGAAAGUAUUUUUAGCAUCGCGUAUAGGGGCAGAAUUUUGUCUUUUCAUUGAUGACUUCCAAUAGCGUUUUAUGAGACUCUUCAAAGUUAUCGCACAAUAGCUGCUAUGCUCGGUACUGUACAAUUCUGUGCAACGCAGGCUUCCUUUAGUUAAAAGGAAACGUAGAGGAAGCAAUGUGUCUUAUCAUUCACCUUAUUUUCUAUUUUUUUUUUUUUUUUUUUUUUUUUACGAUGCAAGAGGAAGAGUUCUGGAUAUCUAUAGAUCUCCAUAGAUCUUCCGGGCUAUCCCGGGUUCUCCGGAUGCUCUGGCUCUCCCUCGUUGCAUCCGAGUGUAACAUCCACCACGAUAUUUUAUGAAUAUUUAUAUACAUUUUAUUUUACAUAUCAGCAUUCACGUUUCUCGUGUGAAAGGUUAAAAAGACGUAGCUGUCGAAGAAAUUUAAUCCUAGCGAAUAAUUUUUGUCUGUGUUUGUGCUGUUAUUUUGGUAGCUUGUCGAGUGGAUAGUUUUGGUACGUUUAUUGUACUUGUACGAGGGUACAGAUGGUAUAUCUUAAGAUAUUUAUGGCUAUUCCUAUGUAAAUAAAUCUUACAGUAAAAUGCAGUAAAAUGAUGUUAGAUAAUUGAUGCGAUUUAAUAUUUCCAAGUGUAAAGGAAUAUUUUGUUGCACUGUCGAUUAACAUUUCAUAAUUUGAAAGAAAAUGGAAUUAUUUAUUAUCAAAAGACAAAUAUGAUUUUGAUGAAAUUAUAAAUUGUUUAAGUAAAAUCCCGUUGCUUUUUAUGUGUCUAACAAAAUCUUGAUAACUUUAUCUUUAGACUGUCUGCAAUGAUUACGCGCAUUCGAUAUGAAUCGUUUCUUUAUCACGACAUUGUCAACAAACACAACCGUUAAAAGUUUAUAUAAAAUAAAUGAAAAUUCACCUCCCACCUUUAUUGUUAAUAUUUACCAAAUUAUCCCAUUUUUUUGAUAGUGCAUGUAUGUAAAAAAAAAAAGGCAAGUCACACGUUCAGCUCUGAACAAAUACACACGAUAGAAACGAGAGAGACCGAAGAUGAAAGAACAGGUUGAACUUUGUUAUCGACCUAUCUUUUUCUCUCAUUAUACGCAUCUGUUCCCCACGUAAUCGCUAUAUAUUACCAUACACGUUACUGUAUAAUUUAAUAUCAACGUUGAUCUUGCUACUGCUUAUUCGCUUCGUUUUGUCUACCUAUACCUCAUUUACAUAAAUCACGUUGAACAAGUUACGCUGAUGUCAUAAGUUUGAUGUCACGCAUUAUCCGAAUAAUAUUUUCGAUUAUUGUAGCACACUUCUUGGGAUUGCAUUAAGAAAAACAAUCUAACGGAAUAAUCGAAAAGCUAAUCUCGCAGGAGUGGAUCCAGAGAUCUUUCUUAAUGAUUUAUUCUAUGUAAAUAAUAUUUUAUAAUAUAAAUGAAUUUCUGGAGAAUUUUAUAAAUCCUGCAAGGGGCAACCGCUCUCAGCGUCCCCCUUCUAAACCCAACCCUACCUCCUCGGCUAAAUAUAAUGGUCAUUUUAUAAAUAAUGUGCCUCCCCGUGCUCUCUAAUAGUCGUCGAUUUUCGUGGUCCCUGUGACGUAGUUGGCAUGAAACGAAAAAAAAAGGGUGCACACGAAUGUAGCCCCUUGGUAAUGCGCGAGGGGGUCCAACGAAAUUAUGGAUCGGACCUAGAUACUACGUCUGCGCAUGACCAUCGUUGGAUCGUUCUGCCUUUCUUCAUCCUGUUUCUACCACAUUCUCGUAUAUGCACACCCCCGUACACACCUAUUUCGUUAACUCUGUCUCGUUUUCCUGGUCCCCCAUACCCCCCCGCGCCCUCCUUCUUCGUCAUACAUAAUAACAAUGCCAAAUAUUGUAUCUUGGUAAUUGUUACAAAUUAUCAGCUUAAUAUUAAUUAAAUGACAAGAUUCCUGGAGGGUAACUUCUAUAGAUGGGAUAUAAUUAUUUGAAAGCUCCAACGGAGGAGCUAGGUCAAUCGUGAGUCAAGGGUGUUUUCACUAAAGGUUUCAGAAAAAUGUAGAAAAUAAAAAUGACACAGGCAACGUGUCAUUUAAAGUGAUGACCUGUCGGCGUCACUUACAAUUAGCGUUUAUGAUAAACUACAGAAGUAUCCUAACAAUGGGCGAGAAGACGUUCAAUCUUACUUGGAACAAUCAUCUGGCGAACCUGUCUGGAUUGUUUGAAGGACUCUACAAAAGUGGUUCUUUGACUGACACAACGUUAGCUUGUCAAGGUGGAAUGUUAAGGGCGCAUAGAUUAGUUUUGGCAGCGUGUAGCCCUUAUUUUGAAAGGGUAUUCAAGGAACACUAUGGUGAACAGCCAAUUCUGAUUUUAAAAGGGGUUGCAGUAGAAGAAAUGGAGUGUCUACUAGAUUUCAUGUAUCGAGGGUCUAUUGAUAUCGCCGAAGAACACUUGCCAUCAUUGAUUAAAACCGCGACGGAUCUAGAGAUUCGAGGUCUUUCGGGCGACCAAAGGAACCAGGAAAACAAUCGUAGCCCUUACACGAGGGUUGAAACACGAAUGCAGAGAUGCCAUAUAGAAACUAGAGUCCAUACGACCGAGUACAUGAAGGAACCAUCCGUGAUUCCAUUUUUACCGAAACAGUCUUCCGUGGAAUCGUUGGAGGAUCACAUUAAAAUGGAGGAGAUCGAAGUUGAAGACGAUCCGAUGGUGAUCGACGGGCACGACGAUGCUUUCGACGAGCCCUUACGAUCUUCGGAAACUCAAAUCAGGCGUAUGCCACCGCCGAUGUACAAACGGGAGACAAGAUUCAAAGGUCAGAAAAGGGUUUCUGUCGGACGUUCAACGAGAAACAGUGAUCCACUGGAGAUCAAACCGAGAGAUCGUAUCCUGCUAAAAGAGAACGCGGCGAGGGACGAGAAUUACGAUGAUUCGUCGAACGUGGUUAAAUCCGAACUGAAUUUCAAUAAUGGCUCCUCAGAUCCUACGGUACCGGACAUUCAGAUGAACGACGACUUACAAGAACGAGAUGAGAGUCUGGAGUCUUCGAAGGGUACGGAUGAUAGUUCCAGGUUAACGAUCAAGAAGAAAAGUGAUCUUUCGUCGAAAAGGUUGAACGAAGGGAAAGAAACGAGACCGAUAUUGCCUAAAUCUGAGAAAGCUCAAUAUAAACCUUUCUCCUGUGACCUAUGCACUUUAGCAUUUACGAGGGCUUCUCAUUUAGCUAGACACAGAAGAGUUCACACGGGUGAAAGACCGUUCGCAUGUAGUAUUUGUCCGCGUAUGUUUGCCAGACAGGAUAAAUUGAAACAACAUUUGGACUCUCAUUUACAAUGGCCGAAGAGAAAGAACAGUUUGUCCAGCUCGAGUUGUCAUUCAUCUUCGUCUGUACCUACCAAAGGAAAAAGGGGUAGACCACGAAAGGUAAAUUUAGAACAAUCAGCGAUGGAAGAAAUUUUACAAUUUGGUGAAUUCAGUUCUCUCCUGAACAAGUCUCAUUCAACGAAUUCGACUGAUAAGAACGAAGAUUUUCUUUCUGUCAAAAAUGAAAGGACAAUGAAAGAUCCAGAAGAAGAUGAUACUGCAGAAGAUAAAAACGAGAAGAAAGAGAAAGACUCGAACAAGGAUAAAGAUAACUAUGGUUGUCAAGUGGAGAAUGGUCAAGAUAUUGUCUAACUAAAUUCUUUACCUUAUUUAUUCAUUUCUUCUCCAUAAUUUCAUAAGAGAUAUUUUUCUAUGAGCAUAAAGAUCCCAUAGUUAGAUAAUCAUUCGAUCACAGGUACUGUUUUCAAUAUUAUUCUAAUUGAAUAUUCUUUUAAGAAAUUGAUUAUCAUAGCUUUCAACUGUUAAUCAAUUAAUUUGUGUGCAAUAUUUUUUAAUUCUUAGUAUUCUUAAGCCUUUGGAAAUUGUUUGAAGAUUGCAUAUUGGAUAUUUAUGAUAAUUGAAUGAUUUGACAUGAUUUGACACAGUCAACACGAAUACAUGAAAUGAAUUGUUAUGAUACGAAUUGUUAUGAAAGCUAUUGUUAAUAGGAGUCAGCAAGUUCGUUGAUUUUUUAUCUGUUUAAUUUUCACGUACUUUGCAAUCGUGUCAUCGAGAAACUAAUUAAUAGACUGCAGUUAUAACAAUAGUAAAAGUUAUGAAAAAUAAUGAUUUCUGCUUUUAAGUCUCUAAAUCGAUCUCGUCGCAGAUGCGAAAUUUUAUACCAAAUAAUUUGUUUCCUAUUUAUUUAUUUAUUGAUGUAUUCAAGGUAUAUUUGUUGUAGGCUCGACAGAAAUUUUUUCGAAAGAGUACCUGAACCACCCGGUGUUAUUUAACCGAAAGGGUGAAUACAGGUAAUGUAAAGAAUAAUAAAAAGAAACCUUAUCGAGAAAGAUUGUGUAGGUACUGAUAAAUCUUAAACGGUAUCGAACGAUAAGAUUAGGGAAGAAAGUUUAAGUUGAAAACUCGACCAAAUUACUUAAUCUUGAAGACUGCGGUAUAGUUUGCAUUGUGUAUAUUAUAAAUCCUCCUAAGCAUAAUUCUUUGAAAAAAAAAAAAAAUCUAAAAUUACAAGAUCCAUUAAAAUAUAUAUGUAUAUUGUCUUUUAUCUCCAUAAAGAGUUCUUCUAUCACCUAAUUUAUUUUCCAUUUUUCAUGUAUUUAUUUUCAAUCUAAAAGUAGGUAUCUACUUAAUUUCUUCAAAUACCGAAUAAUCGUUAUUGCUUUUAAUUAAUUAUUAUUUUGAUGGUGAUUGUCCAGUUAAAUGUAGGACAGUGCAAACUAAACCUACGUAGGUGAGGCUCAACAAUUUUCAGAGCCAAAGAAGAAAUGUAGUUUCAAAUAUUUUGUUAUACACGCGAUUAUUAAUACGUCAAGUACAAAUGUCCAAAUAUUAGAGUAUACGUGUGCGUAAGUGUGCGUGUGCCUGUCGUAUAUAGGAAAGAAGAUAAAUUAACUAUAUGGUGUACGUGUAUGGCGUACCUAUAUGAAAGUUGUUGAUUCUGUUUGUUCUUUCAUUCACGUCAGUGUAGCUUCUUUAACAUAAUUUCUUCUUUUUCUUUCUUUUCACUAACAUUCAUGUUUUUUGAUUUGAAGAUUUUAUAUAUAGCUAUAAUUAUGUGUACAUAUUAAUGUUCUUAGAGCAAUUUAUUGGAUUGGUAGAAACCAAUCGAAUUUUUCUUUCUCUUGCGAUACGUUCGUUUGUGAUGUUAAACGAUACGCCAGUUGACGAUAUUCAGCGUUAUCCUUUUAAUCAUUUUUAUACAAUCAUAGGAAGAAAAUAAUUCAACUUUCUGAACGUAUUCUAGACACAAUCGAAUGGGAAGUCUGCAUCGAAUUAUUCCUUUUAAUUUCGCAAAAAUGAUACGAAACGGCGUAUGUUUUAUAAAGGAAUUUUUCUUUUAUAAAACAAGACUGUUAAGAGUCAUUCUAGUGUGCAUACAUUGUGUAAUAUAUCUCGGUGCCAUCCGAAUCGUAUCCUUUUAUAAAAUCAGUUGUUAUUGUUGUACAAACUACAUUUUGUUUCGUUGAUAUAUUGUUAAUCGACCUAUCAGUGUUACAUUUUUCAGCUAAUGUAUAACUUUUAUCAUGACAAUGUGCAAUUAUUUUAGCGAUAUGACGAUUUGUUUAGCUACGAUUGAAUUUCGUGCAAUCCUUUUUAGAGCGUCCAAAAAUGUCGCAACCGAGUCUUCAUAUCUUACAUAUAUUAUGUAGCCGUGUAAAUAAAGUUUAAAGUCAA